AGAAUAACUGGCGGCGUCUUUAUAUGUCGCAGCACGAGCAAGGUAAACUGGAUCAAUGUCAAUUGGACGGACGAGCGGGGUGUAGAAUAUAAUUAUUAAUCCUUGGAUGAUCAAGCCCAAUCUCAGGUGGUUUGUAUUUUGAAAAUUAUCAUAUAUAGAGGCAACUCCUACGUCUCGAAGUACAAGUGCCUCAAACCUCGCGAGCAUCAUCGUCAUCGAACCAAUUGAUAUAUAAUUUAUUGUAUCAAAAAUGGCCGACGAAACCAAAUCACCUCAAACAACCAUUUUCGUGACCGUCGAGGUUGACCCUUCCAAUGCAGACAAAUUCUUGGCUGCAAUGCGUCCUUGUUACGAGGGCUGCGCAAAGGAGUCUGAACUUAUAUUUUUCCACGUAUUCAGGGAUGAAGAUCACCCUGGGGUUUUUCAUUUUAUUGAGUAUUGGGCGAAAGAUCGAAAGUGGUUUGAGGAGAUACAAAUGAACAAGGAUUACUAUCACCCUUAUAGCGAAAUUACACAGCCAAUGUGGAUCAAGCCAAGGGUCAUUCGUUACCUCGACCCAAUUCCAGGCUGGCGAACUUUGAAGUCUGAGUUCCCGAGUCUCGCCGCCUAACUUUAAAGUCGAGGGUGCUAUAUGAAGACGUGAUGUGCUUCGCAGCGCGUUCAUGAAGGGUUCGAUCAAAAUUCAGAACUUAGUCAAUUUGUAUGUCGAGAUUAAAAGAUAUGGCUGGGACUUUUGCGCUUUGUUUGCUAGGUAGUCUUUGUUAAUUUUAAUGUUGUUUCAGGCCAAUUGCAUGCUUAUAUGAGAGAAUAAUUGAAUCAAUAAUUCUCGAAACAAUAAUAAAUUCCAGCCUGUAUUAAAUUUUCACCUAAAAUAGAUUCUAGAGAAAUAUAUAU